GCUCUAGCCUGACCCGCGCCCUCCCCCCGCCCCGGCCCCACCAUGGAGAACGAGCAGCUCCCGGCGCCGGCCCCCGCCAGCAGCUCCGGGGGCAGCGCCCCGGCCGCCGCCAGCACCGCGGCCACGCGCCCGCCCGGGCCCCAGAUCUCCGUGUACAGCGGCAUCCCCGACCGCCAGACCGUGCAGGUGAUCCAGCAGGCGCUGCACCGGCAGCCCAACACGGCGGCGCAGUACCUGCAGCAGAUGUACGCGGCGCAGCAGCAGCACCUCAUGCUGCAGACGGCCGCCCUGCAACAGCAGCACCUCACCAGCGCCCAGCUCCAGAGCCUGGCCGCCGUCCAGCAGGCGAGCUUGGCGGCCAACCGGCAGAGUGGCUCCUCGGCGGGCAACGGCGCCCAGCCCGCCCCGGCGCAGCAGCCCACGAUCAACCUGGCGACGUCGCCGGCGGCGGCGCAGCUGCUGAACCGGGCGCAGAGCGUGGGCCCCGGCGCCUCGGGCAUCGCGCAGCAGGCGGUGCUGCUGGGCAACGCCGCCUCGCCCGCCCUCACCGCCAGCCAGGCACAGAUGUACCUGCGGGCACAGAUGCUCAUCUUCACGCCCACGGGCCCCGUCAGCGCCGUCCGGCCCGAGAGCCCCGCGCCGGCCCCUCCUGCGGCCCCAGCGCCCGCCCCGCCCCCCACCGCCCCCCAGGUGAGCCCCCCGACC